UCCCUAUUCUAACGUUCCAUUCCAUUAAAUUCAAGGUAAAUUCAAUUAGGUUAAUAUGUUAUAAGUAGCUGAAUCCCGCAACGGCUACUAUCAACGUUUUAUUUGUAACCAUUAACCUCUCUCCUCUUUCUCUCUGUAACCGAUUCGAAUCAAUUCAUCGAUAUAUUGAUUACUAUGGCUACCAUUAACGGGAACACCGAUGCUGCUCAACUCAUUGUUGCUCCUACAAAACACCCUCUUCCUCCUCCUAAGACCGUUGAUUCUAAAUCCGUUCUCAAAAGGUUGCAAUCUGAAUUGAUGUCUUUGAUGAUGAGUGGUGAAUCGGGUAUAUCUGCUUUUCCUGAGGAGGACAACAUAUUCUUGUGGAAAGGAACAAUAAAAGGAAGCAAUGACACAGUGUUUGAAAACACAGAUUACAAGCUAUCACUUUCUUUUCCAACUGAUUAUCCUUUUAAGCCUCCUAAAGUUAAGUUUGAAACAACCUGUUUCCAUCCCAAUGUUGAUCUUAGUGGCAAUAUAUGUUUGGACAUUCUUCAGGACAAAUGGUCCUCUGCCUAUGAUGUCAGAACAAUUCUACUAUCCAUUCAAAGUCUUCUUGGAGAGCCAAACAUUAGUUCACCUCUAAAUCCACAAGCUGCACAGCUUUGGAGCAAUCAAGAAGAUUACCGCAAGAUGGUGGUCAAGUUAUACAAUUCUCCAAGUGCUACUGCUUAGACAUCCUUGGAGUUUAUCAAUCAAGGUGGAAAAGACUCUUCUCUGGGAAAUCCAUCAUUAGUUUUAGGAGUUUCAUUUGUUCUAUUUUUUCUGAUGGAACUGUAUUGAUAUCUUCUAACAAAUCAUUUUAUGUGUCUCUUUUUGUAUGCAAGUUAAUAAUAUAUUUUUUUCUUUGGUGAA